AGAGCUUUGCGUCAGACGGAAAGGGAAAUAAUUACAGCAGUUACUUUUUUUUAUGUUUGCUUAAAAUUAAAAGUCGUGUCAUCAAUGUCGACAUAUUACAACAUUUGACUGAGCUCAAGGCAUGAACUGUGACUGCUUGUUCCUGCAACGAGACGGAUAUUUGAGAAAAGUGAGCCAACUCCCCUGCAGGAAAUGAAUACUUCAUGGCAUUUCUGAAACUCAACACUGAUUGGUCAGACAACCUCUGAUGUAGGGGCUGAGCACAUUUUCUCCUGGCUGAGAAGACUGUUUUGGGAUUUUUACAGCCCAAAAAAAAGCCCCCUUUAAAUGCCCCAAUUCGCAUCCGUAUGCAACAACACUCUCUGGGUUCUGCUCUUUCGAUCAGCAUGACUUAUUCAUUGGGGAUUCUGCUCUGUGUUGGACUUCUGCACCAGACUGCGAGGGCCGUCCGUAUGGAUAAACUAGCAGACAACAAGAUAUGUGGAGAUGCAGAAUGCUCAUAUGUUCUCUCCAUGGCCAGAGCCUUGGGUGACUUCACAGCCCCUGACUGCAGAUUCAUCAACAUCAAGACGGGUCAAAUGGUCUAUGUGUAUUCCAAACUCAUUCCAGAAGAGGGCGCCGGAGUCUUCUGGUCUGGCAGCGUUUACAGUGAGCGGUAUGUGCACCAGAUGGGCAUCAUUGGAUACUUUCCUGCAACUAUGGUGAAGGAGACACAGAAGUUUACGGAAGACAAAGUUAAGAUUCCCACAACUAAUAUGGACUUCUACUGUGAAUAGGAUGUGCCAAACUGAAGCUUCUUUCUUCUCAAGUCUUGCAGUUAGUGGCUUUUAUAAAGGAGAGUAUUCUCAAGCCCGGGUUUCACACCAUGUCCCAGUACAUCCGGUGGUGUGGUCUCCAACUGGAACGAAAACCUGGACACUCUCAAGCCCUCCGUAGACCCACAGUCUGACUGUCUUUGCUUUGUCUUAACAAUACACUUAUUAUUAAGACACAAUAAACUCUUUUUUCAUGCAUGUCAA